AUGUCACAAGAAAUCCCAUUCAUGUCACAAGAAAUCCCAUUCAUGUCAAGAAAUCCCAUUCAUGUCCAAGAAAUCGUCACAUCUUCAUGUCCACCAAGAAAUCCCUUUCAUGUCACAAGAAAUCCCUUCAUGUCACAAAAAUCCCUUUCAGUCACAAAAAUCCCUUUCAUGUCACAAGAAAUCCCUUUCAUGUCACAAGAAAUCCCUCAUGUCAUCCCUUCAUGUCACAAAAAUCCCUUUCAGUCACAAGAAAUCCUUUCAUGUCACAAGAAUCCUUUCAUGUCACAAGAAAUCCCUUCAUGUCACAAAAAUCCCUUCAUGUCACAAGAAAUCCCUUUCAUGUCACAAGAAAUCCCACAAGAAAUCCCUUUCAUGUCACAUGUCAAAGAAAUCCUUUCAUGUCACAAGAAAUCCCUUUCAUGUCAUGUCACAAUCCCUUAUGUCAUUUGUCACAAGGUCAAAAGUACAAUGUCAUGUCACAAGUCCCUUCAUUGGUCACAAGAAAUCCCUUCAUGUCACAAGAAAUCCCUUUCAUUCAUCUCCCUUUCACACAAGAAAUCCCUUUCAUGGUCAUGA